UUAUUAUAUACGUCGGCUCCUUAUAUUGUAGCAUUGCAGGGGCUUUGUGCGAAACAGUGCGAGAAAACGCAAAAAGAAAGGAAGGCUAUGUACACUGGUAAUGUACUCAGCAAGACAGAGAGACAGUGUGUGUGUGUGUGUGUCAGAAGAAAUAAAGAAUGGAGACUGCAAAAGCACAACACGACCGUGCGUGCCCAUCUCGGCACGCUUCCUCGAUCGAGCCGACAUUUUUAGUUUUAUGCUUUUCUUUUCACUUUUUUUUUUGUUCCCAGUUCGCGACAGUCGACGAGCGUGGGGUGGUAUAGCUGUAAUGCACAUUUAACGGCUCUUGCAUUGCCGGCGCAACGUCCGAGACGAAGAAGCGUGAGGCAGUGUUUUUCAGCGGUCGGACCAUGUGCGCGCAGUGCACUGCGAAGGAGGAGUGUGCCUCGCCGUGCUUGGCGAAUGGUGGAGGAGGAGGCCUGGCGACGGCGACCACCGACGAGUGCCUUUUCGCGCCCAUAAGUUCUCGUCGCACGUCGAUGGAGGACAAAAUACCAGUUCCCAGUUGGAAAAAAGCGCUCAAGCCUGUCCUGGCCACUGCAACACCCUUGGUCCUGCUUCCUAUACCACUCAGCAUAGGAACCGACGCGUCGUGGGUUGCCUUCGUGACGCUAUGGAUGGGCAUCUACUACGUCGUGGAGCCAGUGCCUCUAUCGGUGACGUCACUACUACCGAUAGUUCUACUACCGUUCCUGGGAAUAUUGUCAACCGAAGAAGUGGCUUCCUUUUAUCUCAACAACACCGGGCUGCUGUUCAUGGCUUCGCUGAUGCUCGCCACAGCCAUCGAGUCUAGUGACCUGCACGAGCGGCUCGCCUUCAAGUGCCUCCUCACCGUCGGCACCAGCGAGGGAAGAGUCCUGCUGGGCCUGAUGUCGAUCACGGUGUUCAUGUCCAUGUGGAUGCCCAACACGGCCGUGGCCACCAUCAUGGGGCCCAUGGCCAUCGCCCUCGCAGCCAAGAUGGUCGUGCCAUCCUACCACCAGGUGCCAACGAACGAGUGCUUCAAGCAGAAUGGUGACGCAGGCGGGGACCAUUUUGAAGUUGGGAUCGGUGCAGAUCCAAGCGGAGCUUUAAUAAAGAAGAACCACGAUCUCCUCAAGAAGAUCCUGCUGCUUUCAAUCGCAUACUCGUCAAACAUCGGUGGCACUGGGUCCAUAAUCGGCUCGUCGACCAACAUUCUGUUCAAGGGCAUUAUCGACGAGCUUUUUCCUCAUUCCACGGAGCUCACAUCAGCCAGUUGGAUGCUGUACAAUAUUCCUCCUAUGAUUGUUUGCACCGCCAUAGGCUGGAUGUAUCUCUGGUUUGUCAUCAGACUUAGCAGAAGAAACGAGCACUGCCUCGAGGGCAAGAACGACAUCCGGCGGGAAAUCCAGCAACAGUACCAGAGGCUGGGCUCCGUCAGCUUCGCCGAGUACACGGUGCUCAUCUUACUCGCUGCUGUGAUAAUUGUGCUGUUCUUUUACAAGCCACACUUCAUGACGGGCUGGGGUGAUCUCAUCAAGUACGGCAACCAAAUCAAGUCUUCCAGUCCGGCGCUUGCCAUCUGCUUCCUGUUGUUUGUUCUGCCCAAGAACCCGCGAAACUUGCACUGCAGUGAGCCACUGGUCUCCUUUAAGGAAUUUUCCACCAAGAUGCCCUGGGGCAUCGUCAUACUCUUCGGUGGAUGCCUGUCCAUUGCCGAGGCUUCACAGCGUUCCGGCCUGUCGGCCAUCGUGAUAAACACGCUGAACGGGCUUCGAGACCUUCCUUCGGGGCUGGUGCUGGUGCUGUUGUGCUUCAGCGGCUGCUUUCUCACCGAAGUGGUCAGCACCUACGUGGUCACCGGAAUCCUCACGCCCAUCAUCAGCGAAUUGGCUGUGGCGACACGCGUGCACCCGCUGUACUUCCUGAUGCCCGUCAAGGCGUGCUGCCUGUUCGCCUUCAUGCUGCCCAUCGCUACCGGGGCCAACGCCAUCCUGUGCGACAUGGGAAGGCUAAGGACCAUAGACAUGAUGAAGAUGGGGUUCAUGAUGAACGUGGCUUGCGUGCUGGUGCAACUGGCCGCCAUCCACACGAUAGGGCCGCUAGUGUUCGAUCUCUACCGCUUUCCAUCCUGGGCCACCAAGGACUUCGGUAUCGUCCCCUUUGUCGGCAACGACACCCUGGUGGAGGCCACCGUCGCGUCGCUUUUCAACGUCACACUCGCGGAUGGGAUGGUGUCGACGACGACAGCGGCGACGCCCAUGAUCACGACGUGACGUCACGCGACAGAAGAGAUCGUCGCGGACUGUUCCUAUAGCUUCGGCGCAUGCGCGCUCCUGUCCGGGAGCGACGAGUGCGUGCGCGGCCUGUUUCUGUUGCGUUCUACCGCGUGAGGCGUUUGACGUUGUGACGGCCCCACCGAAACGGCGCCCAGUAAGGCAUGCGAUGACGUCUGGUGUUUCAGUGUUUAGCGUGCAGGAAACAGUCGGUGUUCAUAGUUUCCUUCGUGCCUAUACACGCGUAUGUGUAUGUUGCGUUGGUGAAUGUUGUCGGACGGGGCUAAGCAAUUUCGCGUGGCCGUGCUUACCUGAGGUCAAGGAACUGCAGUGAACAAGAGAGGACCAGUGAUAGAAAUGAGUGUGUAUUUUUUUUACCUCUUUUUGCGUUUAAUCGUAUUCUCCGUACAUUGAUUGAUCACUGCGGUAUUCCUUUUGUUCACUCGCGCGCAUUUUCAAUAUUUUAUCGAAGAUCUGAAUGCUGCCUCAAACACGUAAAGCGGUGAAUUGCGCGUUUCUCGCAUAACGGUGGUACGGAACCACGGUUAGAACAAUAACGGGACAUAAUAUGUUAGAUUAUUUGGUUAAGCGUUGGAUAUCCCGAAUAGGUCUUUUUUUACCGGCAGCAGAGAUUUGCAGUCGGAGAAGAUGACAUAGCAGAUUGGAACAGCGUGUUUAGAUGCCAGCCAUUGAUUACUGAAAGGGAAUUACGAUCUACUUCAGAUCAAAGUAAAAUGUCGAAAGGAAACAUUUAUGUUUUCCUCGAUGAAAAUGUCAUAUAAAGCGACAAAGAGAGACAGAUAAACGCGGAAGACAGUGAUGUUCGCCAGAGGAUAGCUCGGUCAUUCAAAAUGCGAUAGUAUGGCAAAAACGUCGUUGACGUCUCAGUUCGGAAACGCUGAGCCUUUCGCUUGUGAUUUUCUCCGCUAAAUAUUCAUCCGUCUUCCGCCAUACGAAUUCGAACAGGGUUUCUAAAUGUUGAUGAAACCAUUCAGCCAGAUAUGUAGCUUUUGUGGACUGUUUGUUUAUCUGUUAAAAAUUCUCUUCAGUCGUGCUCGAAAAAAAUGAAGCCGUUUAUACUAUACGGACUGUCUACACGAACCUUCGUUUGAACGUAAGAAACAGUGUUAUUACCCGUAGGUACUCAUUGGGCGUUCUGGUAGCUCCACGUUUCAUUCAACUGAUAUGAAAUCGUAUGCUUAUUUAAAGGGACAACGAUAUCCUAAUCGUAAGCCGUCUUAUCAUAAAACUUCUCUAGGAGGGCUAGUGAAGGUCUACUCCGAGCAUACUCGAGCUGCGAAAAACCUAGCCUCAAUGCGCUGUGUUGUGUUGCACGAUCAUAUAGUUUAUAUCGAAUGCUAUGUGCAGCCACGUACGGAAACGAGCCGCACUUUAAGUGGUUGCUCGUGGGAAAUUGUACUCAAGGAAAACGUUGCUACGAUUGUUUGUUUCCGGGCUUUUUGUUUCUUGUCGACUCCCAAAAGCAACCCAGUAAGCUUCAUUACUGUUACAACGAGCGCAUUAUUAAGACUUGGUAUCGAUAUCUGUCACAUGCCCUCUAACGGACGGACACAACGCUGCACUUUCAGAUUUCAGACUGUGCUGCCAAGCUGGAUGAAGAUUUUUUUUUCUUUUUUUCACCCGACCCAAGCCCGAGAAUAUAGAGUAUGAGGCUGCGUGGCAGACACACACAGAUUACCUUUUCUUUUUUUUUUCUGAGCUAGUUUUUGGGCGUGUCUCCCAAUAUCAACAGGAAAAUUAUUUUUAGUGAGCUCUCGUUUCUAUCUGAACUGAAAUAAUGCACGGAGUGUUUCAGUGGUUCAACGCGAUGAUGACGCACGUGUUGCUCGUCGUGGUUGUGUAAAGAUUCGGUUUGCGGAAUUGCAGACGACUCGUGCGCGAGAACAACUGGCUCUAAUUUUUUUUUAUGCUACAGUUAGGCCUUUCUUACUGCGAUCAACGUCCAGAGUUCACUAUAGCACCGUUGUCUUGACGCGAAAGGGGCGCGCAGAUCGUCGACUGAUCGUCGUCGGCGCCCUCCCCGUGCCACAUGUACAUACCUACUCUCUACGGGCACAGUUUUUGUGCUUUUCGCAUUGCUGCGUUUGUAUGAGACUUGUAUACUCGCGUACAUUUACAGACGUGGUCGUUGUAUCGGGGUUCCUACGCCCCGGCUCGUCGUAAUAAACGAAGGAACCAAAGAAGGAAAUUUGACUUCUCGCCUUUGCUUGUUGUCGUCAAUCUGUGCCAGCGCGCCCCCCCCCCCUGCAGUUGUUGAUUUACUUGGUAGGCUGCGAUUGAUUGAUUGAUUGAUUGAGUGUGCAUAAAGAAGCGGAGUGAGUGAUUCGGCAUACGGAAGUUAUGCAAGACACGCGGUAAUGGAGUGCACCGGGUAAGCUCUGCAGGAACUUCAUGGACGUACAAAGUCUUUCAUGGAUUGAUUGGUUGAUUGAUUGAUUGUCUGAGUGAUUGAUUGAUUGACUGGUUGAUUGAUUGAUUGAUUGAUUGAUUGUGUUAUACAAUAUGCUCUGCAAGUGAAGAGCAGACGAAGUGCCAAGCGAGCGAGGACGCGCCUGCGUUCUUUUCUCUUUACUAGCGUCAAAUAAACAAGACGUUCUCUGCCUCG